AUGGCAUCCCCGCAACCCCGCCUCCAAAUUCGAACCCAACACUGCACAUUCUGCAACCACCUCCUCCUCGCAACAACACGCGACAUAUCGACCCUCCCCCGCCGCACAGGCGAAGCAAAGGACAAAGCCAUAAUUGUCCCGUUGGAGGACCGCACAAAUGAUGACGAGGCAUCUCUGACCGAGGCGCAAGGUGCCCCGCGAACGAAACAUGCGACUUUGCUGCUUUCUACUACGAUACCUGAUCGGCGGGCUACGCUUAUCAGACGGGAAGACGGGAUCGAGAAGAGGAUUCUCUUGCGCUGUGGUCGGUGUAAGGUUGUGAUGGGGUAUUACCUUGAUGCGGUGCAUUAUGGGGAGAGCGGGAAUGCGAAGACUAGGGCUGUUGAGGAGGAGGGGGAGGGGGAGGGAGCAUUGGAGAAGAGGACGGCUGUUUAUAUUCUUCCUGGGGCUGUUGUUGAGACGGAGAAGAUGGGGACGAAUGGGGCGGAAGGCGAGGCGGAGUGGAGGGGGUGGAAUAAUGAGGCUUGA